CUUUAUUCCUGCUGCACAGUGUAACCAUGGAGACGGUGGUGUGCGGGAACAGAAGGGGAGCUCCUCUCAGGCACUGAGCUGUGAUGGCGCUAUCCCCUGUCAGCGAAGAGAGUCCAUACGAUGAGGAGCUGCUCAGGAGUGACCCUUUGAGCGGUGCAUCCGGCUAUUCUGGAGAGUCAUUUGAAUCCAGCACUGAUGGAUCAGAUAGAAGAUAUACAAGUGAUGCCUUUGACUCCAUUACCAAUGAAAAUACAGAAAAGUAUCCCAGUGAAUCAUUUGAAUCCUGUGCAGGUGAAACCAGUCGAUUGCAGAGACGUGAUUCCUUUACGGAUGACUCUGGUAGGGACUAUGAAAGUGAGUCUUUUGAGUCUCUGUCCUCUGAGAUAGAUGUUCAUCAGACAUAUUCUUCUGAGAACUCGUAUAUAGAGUCUGCUUCAGCGGAAGAUGACCACAAGGAGAGUGAUCAAGGAAAAGGCCUGAUUGAGAAAUGGAUAAAGACUCUUGUUGAUGGGACCCUCCAGCCAAAUAAUUCAUUCCGACAUCAGCUUAAAACCGUUGCUUACAAAGAGUCUUCAACAAGUGGGAGUAGAGCACUGCAGUCUUAUUGCUCCUUAAAGAUGGAACAUCUGCGCCAGCUACCAAAAAGUCACAGGCAAAGAAGAGGACAACCACCAACACAUCCUACCAAAACAAAAGACACGCAGCAGUCAUUUCCAGUUCCUCGUGCACUGAUGAACAGGCUUGAACUACAGCGAACCAAGGAAGCUGUAAACCAGGUGAUGAAGGCUGAGAUGCAUGACCCAGCCGCUUGCCCAAACUGCUGCAAUAAAAAGGCUGAUCUGGCUCAAUAUCAGUUUAUUAGGAUGAAGAAGACAAAAUUAGAAGCAGAUUUGCUACAUAAGAAAUUGGAGGAAUGCAUGUAUAGCAAGGAUUUGGUUACGUGUAUUGGAGAAAUCCACCAAUCUCUGCCCAAACCCUCUGAGGAGCAAACUACCAUCUGGCAGAGACUGUACAUGAGUGCCAUCAAGACGUAACCUCAGGUUUCUGUGAAGUAUAUUCUUUCGAAUUGAUACAUGGAAAGAAGCUUUGAAGAAAUGACAGUGCAAAGAGAAACGAGCGAGACCUGUCCCAAUGUGCCCUCUGUUUCCAAACCCCUUACUGUUGACACCAGUACAAAUGGUUUGCAUGAUCAGUGACUGGUUUUAUUUUCAUUUUUAACGUUUGUUUAGGUGGUAUGGAGCCUUGAGACAUGACAAGGGCAAAUAGCCAA